UGGGCACCCUCCCGGCUGGAAGAAUGAGCUUGUCCUUCCGCUGCCUCCUCUCCCUCAGCCACCUGCUCCUCACCAGCGCCCUGGCGCAACUGCCCCCCGGAGCGCAAGGCGGGCAGGCGGCCCGUGCCAGCAGCACCAGCAACACCUCUUCCGCCUCAUCACCUUCUUCCUCCUCCUCCUCGGGAGCCCCAGGAAACGGGCCGGAGAGAAGCAGCUUCCAGCGGAGCCCAUCCGGGCGCAGGACGGGCAGCCUCUAUUGCAGGGUGGGCAUUGGCUUCCAUCUGCAGAUCCACCCGGAUGGCAAAGUCAACGGCUCCCACGAAGCCAAUCUCUUAAGUAUUUUGGAAAUAUUUGCUGUGUCUCAGGGGAUUGUAGGAAUACGAGGAGUUUUCAGCAACCAAUUUUUAGCGAUGUCAAAAAAAGGAAAACUCCAUGCAAGUGCCAAAUUUACAGAAGACUGCAAGUUCAGGGAGAGGUUUCAAGAAAACAGCUAUAACACAUAUGCCUCGGCAGUUUACAGGACCGGAAAGACUGGGAGAGAAUGGUAUGUGGCUUUGAACAAGAAGGGAAAAGCCAAAAGAGGCUGCAGUCCCCGGGUGAAACCCCAGCACAUCUCCACCCAUUUCCUUCCAAGGUUCAAACAGUCUGAGCAGCCAGAACUGUCUUUCACCGUCACUGUUCCUGAAAAGAAAAAAUCACCUGCCUCCACCCCAGCAAAACCAAAGGUUUCAUUGGCCGUGCCUCGGAAGAGCCCCAACACUGUUAAAUACAGGCUGAAGUUUCGCUUUGGAUAGCUGUUAAACUGAUGGCUAGAGAGGAACACUUUUCUCAGGAGCUGAUGCGUGCGUGUGUGAGUCCUUGGCUUACAAUGGCAGAUAGGGCCUUGAUCGCACUCAGCUGCAUUAGGAGGUCAGACAGGGAAAUACCCAUUUGUUUCAGUUUGACCUCAGCCAAAUUGCUUUUUGAUAGUCAAGAGUGUUAACUGAACUGGAAUUCUUCAUCCAGCCCUAGGGAGGAAAGCAGUGGUUCAGGUCAAAUGAACAUAAAGGCUUUUGUUUUUUGCCUUAAAUAGCAUUCUCACUUUCCUACUCUCCAAAGCAUUGAGACGGGACUGUACAUUUUGAAACAUCUGAUGGAUCAGUUUAUUUUUUUGCUUUCCAAAGAAUACACUUUUGGUGUUGAUAAACUAUUUUAUGAACUUUUGUUUAUUUUGGUUGUCGGAAGCAACAAAAAGGUACCUCUACAUUGAACAUAUUUUCUUACUUUCACUGUUUUAAGGAAUUACACUUUUUACAAUCAUUUUCAUAUGAAAAAAUUGGUCAGAGUCAAGUUAUAAUUUAUAAGGAUUUUUUUUCCUGCAUCUUCUCUUUUUGCUGCACUUUUUACUUCUGACUGUACCUCAAACUCGUAUAUCCAAGUCUGUCUUUUUUUUUAAAGUUUGAUUCCUCUCCCCUUAGAAGUCAACUCUUUUAAAGAAAAAAACAAAAAACCAAUCUGUACAUUGUAAUUUGUGGCAUGAGGUUGAAUCCUUUCUUUCUUUUUUAUUUGUGAAGGAUUUUCUUUUAUCCAAGGGAGAUAAUGCAUUUUAAGUUUAUGGAGAGGAACGCUUCAUUUACAAAUGACCCUGAUUCCAGUCCCCCACUCCUACUCUUUCUUGGACAGCUGGAAGAAUAAGUCUUAUUCUGUCCAUCAAACUAUCAUUUCGAAGUCUGUGUUUAAAAUACCUCUGUCAUGACCCUGUGGCAUUCCUGCUAUUAUAGGUCCACAGGGAUGGAGCUGCUUUUCAGGGGAAAGAAAGGGAGGCAAGAGCCAUUCCAUAGGUGUAUCAGAUAACAGCCAUCAAUGUCAUGGCCUAUUAUCAAAUGCUGUCAUCAUUAUACUCAGCAAGUAAAACCCUCUCCUGAGACUCCUACUCUGAAGGUAAAUGAUUCCUGUGAGUGCAUCUGCCUUUUGUAACAAAACGAUGGGCUGUGGAGUUAAAGGCUGGUCAUGUGCUACAGGAAUCAGUCCUAUUUGAAGAACAUGUGAGUUGCUGUUGACAUCCAACCAGUGGGCCAAAUGGGGUGCACGGGUGUAACUAAAAGCAGAAUUAGGUUCUUUGGGUUGGAUCCUAAACUGCUGUAAAUCAGCCUCGUUCCUAUGGACUUCAGUGGAGCCACGUUGAUUUAGUCCAACUGGUCAUUUGGCUCAUCACUCCAAAUGGAACAUAGUUCUGCAAAUGUUUUAACUCAUAUGA